AUGGCCUCCACUCGCUCCUUGAUGCGCCUGGGCUCUGGCCGCUCUGUGGCAUCUGCCACGAGGUCUAUGGCCGCCCGCACCUUUUCCUCGGCCUCCCUUCAGUAUGCCCCCAAGGCCUCGACAGCACCAGGCCCGGAGCCUGAGAACAUGCGCCAAGCGCAGCGCCCGCCCCCGGGACCUCUGCGUGCCCCCGUCGUCAACCCUACCGACAAGUACCAGCCCAUGGCCGAUAACCUCCACACCUACGGCCAGUACAUCAUGUCCUGCCUUCCCAAGUACAUUCAGCAGUUCACCGUCUGGAAGGACGAGCUCACCGUGUACACCGCCCCGGCCGGUAUUCUUCCCGUGAUGAGCUUCCUCAAGAACCACACUGCCGCCGAGUUCACCCAGGUCUCCGACAUCACUGGUGUCGACUUCCCCACUCGCGACCAGCGCUUCGAGGUCGUUUACAACCUCCUCAGUGUCCGCUACAACUCCCGCAUCCGUGUCAAGACCUACGCCGACGAGGCCACCCCCGUCCCCAGUGUCACCGGCCUCUACGAGGGUGCUCUCUGGUACGAGCGUGAGGUUUACGACAUGUUCGGUGUCUUCUUCUCCGGACACCCCGAUCUGCGCCGUAUUAUGACCGACUACGGUUUCGACGGCCACCCUCUCCGCAAGGACUUCCCCUUGACUGGUUACACUGAGCUGCGCUACGACGAGGAGAAGAAGCGCAUUGUCAUUGAGCCUUUGGAGCUUACUCAGGCCUUCCGUAACUUCGAGAGUGGUUCCACCGCCUGGGAGCCUGUGGGCGCUGGUCAGAACCGCACCCCCGAGUCUUUCAAGCUUCCCACUCCCAAGCCGGAGGAGAAGACCGAAGAAAAGAAAUAG